AUGCCAUCGACUCACAACAAAGAUAAACCAUGGGACACACCCGAUAUUGACAAGUGGAAGAUCGAGGAGUUUCUUCCCGAGGAUAACGCUUCCGGAUUGCCGUUCUCAGAAGAAUCGAGUUUCAUGACUCUAUUUCCAAAAUACAGAGAAGUGUACCUAAGGUCAGUAUGGAACGACGUUACUAGGGCACUGGACAAAUUCCACGUAUCAUGUGUUUUGGACCUUGUCGAAGGGUCCAUGACAGUGAAGACCACAAGAAAGACUUACGACCCAGCCAUCAUACUUAAAGCCAGAGAUCUGAUAAAACUUCUCGCGCGUUCCGUGCCGUUCCCUCAAGCUGUUAAGAUUUUGCAAGAUGACAUGGCUUGUGAUGUGAUCAAAAUCGGCAAUUUCGUCAGCAACAAAGAGCGUUUUGUUAAGAGAAGACAGCGUCUUGUCGGGCCCAACGGUAACACAUUGAAAGCCCUCGAGCUUCUAACAAAGUGCUACGUUCUUGUACAGGGCAAUACGGUCAGCGCCAUGGGACCUUUCAAGGGACUGAAGGAAGUUCGCCGUGUUGUGGAGGACUGUAUGAGGAACGUUCAUCCAAUUUAUCACAUCAAAGAACUCAUGAUCAAGAGGGAGCUCGCAAAAAGACCCGACUUGGCUGAAGAAGACUGGUCGCGCUUUCUGCCCAUGUUCAAGAAGAGAAACGUUGCUCGUAAGAAGCCCAAGAACAUCAAAGUCAAGGAAACUAAAGUUUACACUCCAUUCCCACCUGCACAACUACCUAGAAAGGUUGAUCUGCAGAUUGAGAGCGGUGAAUAUUUCUUGAGUAAGAAAGAGAAGGAAGCGAAAAAGCUUGAUGAGCGCAAGAAGGAACAGGCCCAGCAGCAAGUGGAGAAGGAAAAAGAGAGGGCCAAGGACUAUGUUGCCCCAGCAGAAAAAGAAUACCAAGGCUCGCUCAAAAAAAGAAGUAGGAAUGGUGCAGACUCGUUAGGAAAGUCGCAUAAGAAAUCGAAGGCUUAA